UAUUCGAGAUCGGCUUCCAUCAGGGCAAACUUGUGCCCACACCGAUCUAACACUUUUAUUGGAAAUAUUUCUCCAUAAAAUAAAAUACAGAUAUUUUCAACACAAGACAAUAAAAAUGGUUAGAAUGAACUUUGCCCUAAUUGAAGCCGAACUCUUUCAGAUACACAUACAUAUGUCAGGCGCGUGCGCGCACAUGCUAUACUUGGUGUCGGAGCGAGUUGGCAAUUAAUCUGCUUCCUUCCUUCACUCUUCGCCUCUAACUUCUCCAUCACAAUUCACAACACAACUCACUCUGCUCAUAACGCUUCGAAUUGAAUUCGAAAUCGGCAAGUCCCUUACGCUUACGAGAGUUCGGAUCUGCUAGUGCUUACUACAAAACGCUGAUCGCAAUGUAUGGCCGCAUAUCAGGAAUAUCACUCCAUCAAUGAUAAAUUCGAGAUGUUCCCGUUCCCGUUCCCGAUAUGCAGUUGUGAGAUCCGGACUCCGUUUACGAGCAUUUUACUACCAGCGUUGAGUCUUCUUUACAUUCUUAAAAGCAAGUAGCUUUUUAAUUGCAAAAUUUCCCCGUUCCGUUCCGUUCCGUGAGAAUUUAGAAAAAAGUAUGGGUGAAAACACAAAAACGUGGAAAAUGACGUAAGCACAGGUAGCAGCCUAGUGGACAGUCACGCAAGCACUCCUGGGCAACGGGCAGCUUCAAACGCCGUCAUUCCCGACUAAUUUACGCCGUCGCCGGUUCUCACGGAGAAACAAUCAUUCGCUUCUUUCGAACGGUCCGAACCUAAGCCUCGGUACUGGAAUCAUAGGCUCGGGCACGGGCUUGGGAGCAAAAGUGACUCGAAAAAAGCCAAGCGAAAGAAGAGAAAAAAAAAUGGCGUAAAGAGGAGAGAGAGAGAGAGGGAAUCGGAGGCUCGGGUGGGAAAAGAUGGGUAAGAUCGCCAGGAAGAAGAAAGGCCGACCGUCAAAGGCGGAUCUCGCCCGAUGCGACGGUCUUCGCCGGAAUCCGCUGUCUGAACAGCCUUCGGAAACUGACCUACGCCGCAGCCUACGCCGCCGGAAUCUGACGUACCAUGGCGACUUCGACGACGAGGAUGAGGAAGAUGACGACGAGGACGAGAGGAGAGAGAAGAAACUGAAGUUGGUAUUGAAGCUCCCUCAUAAAGCUGGUUUUGGUGGUGUUGACUCGUCUGAGAGUCUAAGUCGAGCAGAUGCGAAAAACGUGGCCCACGCGUCUGCUCCGGAAUCUCGUGCGGAGGCUGCUGCAGCUGCUCUGUCUGCUUCCUCCUCGGAAUACGGAGACGGUAAUAAGCCCUUUAAGAAGAGGAGAAUCGACGGCGAUAAUGGCCCUUACGACGGCGGUGACGGCGAUGACGACGAGGAUGACGACGAUGCUCGGUCUAUUGGAUCUAGUGACCAAAAGAAGGGAAGAGGGAGAAAUGCGGUUUCGAAAGGGACCGGCUCUGUUCCAGGCACACCGUCUACUUCCCCGUUGGACACUCCAUUGCCGGAUAAGAAAUUGUUGGAGUUGAUUCUCGAUAAACUUCAGAAGAAAGACACCUAUGGUGUUUAUGCAGAGCCUGUUGAUCCAGAAGAGCUUCCUGACUAUCACGAUGUGAUUGAGCAUCCAAUGGAUUUUGGCACCAUAAGGAAGAAGCUGGCUAGCGGGGCAUAUUCUAACUUUGAACAAUUUGAAAGCGAUGUUUUCCUAGUUUGUACAAAUGCAAUGCAGUACAAUGCCCCAGAAACCAUAUACUUUAAACAGGCACGAUCCAUACAAGAAUUGGCUAGAAAGAAAUUCCAGAAGUUAGUGAUCGAUAUUGAAUGCAACAAUACAGAGCUCAAGUCAGAGCAGAAAAUCAAAUCAAACUCUACAGUGAAGAAGCCAAUAAAGAAGUCCUUGUGCAGGAAUGCUCAGGAACCUGUUGGUUCCGAUUUCUCCUCUGGUGCCACUCUUGCCACCACAGGCGAUGCCUAUACCUGGUCAAAUGUGAUGCAAGCUGAUAGACCUAACAAUGUUGAUGGGGCAGGAGAUGGCAAUUCCUCUCUGACUGAUAAUAAACCAGAGAAGGCAGAGGAGCAAGUUUCAGGGAAGGGGUUCCCAUCUAAAUUUGGGAGGAAGCCCUUUGUGCUUGAUGAGAACCGUCGUGCAACUUACAACACUUCUAUUCAACCUGUGGACAUGACUGAUUCAAUCUUUGCAACUUUUGAUGGUGAAAACAAGCAGCUGGUUGCUGUUGGAUUUCAUGCUGACCAUUCCUAUGCAAGAAGCCUGGCACGUUUUGCUGCGACUCUUGGAACUGUUGCUUGGAAAGUUGCCUCUCAGAAAAUUGAGAAGGCUUUGCCUGUGGGAUCUAAAUUUGGCCGUGGGUGGGUUGGAGAAUAUGAACCACUUCCAACACCUGUUCUAAUGUUUGAAAAAAAUAAUAUGAAACAGCUGGCUUGCAGUACAAAUCUGAACUGUAAACCUGAAUUGAGAAAAGAUAUCAGGGUUACCGAGGGGUUAAAGGUUGCACAAGAUGAGGCUAAAUUGGGUUUCAAAUCUUCAAACUCAUCUGGCAUAGCAGCUUCUAGUAAGAUCGCAGAUUCUGCAAUAGUGCAUAGUAGGCCUAAUUUAAAUGGGAAGUUUUUUGGUGGUGUCGGAACUAAAUCCAUCAUCAAUUCUGUGUCUCAGCAGCAGAAUCCAUUAACUGCAAAUUUUGUCAAAUCUGAUAAUAAUGUUCUGCCCCAAGUUGAGUUGAAUUGCUCAACCUCAGUCAAUGGGAGCCCCAUUGAGGUUGCUUCAAGAACGCAGUUUGAGUAUGGUUCAGAAAUGACGAGUUCAAGGUUGUUGGAGAUGCUGUCAAGGAACAGGAAUCUUAUACAAUCUGUAGCCUUUAAGAAGACAGAAUCUGACGGGGCUGCUGCUGGAAGUUUGCCCAAUGGGAAGGUUGUAACUAGCAGCUCUGACAUUAAUAAAGUAAUCAGUUCAUCCUCUAAUUAUGUUUCUAGCCAAAUGGCCAGAGCAGCAACUUACUUUCCUCGUGGAAAUCAAGAACAGGGUCUUAGUGACCCAGUUCAGUUGAUGAGGAUGUUAUCUGAGAAGACACAAAGCCAGCAGAAAUCUUCAAUAUGCCCUGUGGUUGAUGGUCCACCAGCGAUGUCAUCUGUUUCAUCCUCAAGAAGAGAUGAUUCAAGCACUGCUGCAACUAGUGCUGCCCGGUCAUGGAUGUCCGUUGGGUCUGCAGACUUUAAACCAACGGACAGUUUAGGCUCACCCAAAAUGCAGAUUGCUGCUGCUUCUCUGUACAACCCCGCACGGGAGCUCCCUCAACCCGUUUCACGAUUUUGUGAAGAACCUCCUGUUUCUGGUGGGCUGCAAAUGCAGUCUGAGAAGAGUAGGUUUCCCUCGCAGUCAUUCCUUCCACAAUCCAUCCGUAUGGCCAAUGAAGAACAGUAUCAAAAUAAUAGACAAAUUCUUCCUCAACUAGUAACAACUGACUUAGCAAGGUUUCAGGCACAGUCUCCUUGGCGAGGUCUUGUUCCACAUGGCCAACCAAAGCAGAAACAGGAAAUGCUUCCUCCGGAUUUGAACAUUAGUUUUCAGUCAUCAGGGUCUCCAGUGAGGCAGUCCUCAGGCAUCAUGGUUGAUUCCCAACAACCUGACCUGGCUUUACAACUCUGAAUAUGAAUGGGUAUCCGAGAAGAACACAAAUGAGAACUGAGAUAGGUGCAGUGGCGGGACUUGAUUCCUAUUGUAUUGUAUUGUUAGCAGGCACUGAUGGAUUCUGCUUUCCCAGGAAGGAAUUCUCUUCCUUCAUCAGAGUUUUGCCACAUGAGAGAAUGGCGCAGAUUGAAUUUAUCUAAAUGGAUUCCAGUUACCACAAAUCCACAAUUAAAUUAGUGUCAAGGAUGGAAUACAUUUCAUUUUCCAUCUUCAAUUGGAUCCUAUAGGCAUUUUUUUUUGUUCAGGCCCAGAGUUUCCCAUGAAAAGAAGGAUCUGAAGAGUUAAAAAGAGUUUUGAGUAGGCAAUGUGCUUUGAUCAGGACAUCCAAGACCCAAGGAUAUUUUUAGCAGAUUCAUCUGGGCUAAGUUGAUUUCUAAUUCUUCCCUUUUUGACUGAGGAUUUUGGCUUGCAGCGGGACAUACAUGUAUAAUCUCACACAUAUAUGAACAGGCAACUUACAAACCUUUGGCCAAGUUCACAGGGUAGCCUAGUGGAAAAGAAUAUGUUAUUAUUAGUCAGUCUUAUAAGUUCAUCAGCGGGUAUUAUACAGGAGAGGCCCACUGGGGAUGUUUUGUACAUUGAUUACAAAGAGGAGGAUUAACUGUUUAGACUUUGCUUCAUUCCUUUUUAUAUGCAUCUACUACUAUUGGUAUGUACAACAAUGUGACUCAAAUUUCUAAAAUGGAAGGGUUCUCUACUCAUCGCAUCUUUGCUGUUCAA